AUGGGACCCCAAUAUUCACAUCCUGUGCAGCUGCUCUGCCUCCUAGGGCUCAUCUCAACUGUACCUUGUAUGUCCUGUGGGUCUGAAUCUCUGGGAUUCCCAGAGGGGACCAAAAGGGGAGUAGUAGGUUUUAAAGGUUGCAGCCAAGUUCCAUCUUACCCCCAGAAAACCUCCUAUAUUGUGGCACAUCCUGGAAUUUCCAUUGUCUACUACAGCCGCGUCUGCCGCAUGUAUCUCUGCAACAGUCUUACCAACAUGGAUCCUUUUCUGAAUCUCAAGGCCCACAUUUCUCGGACUAUAACCUUUUCUUCCGAGGUUUGCCCAACAUGUGUGGGCAGGCACAGUUGGGAAUGCAUCCCAGAUUACGUCUCCUCUGAAUCUUGCCCCAAUGAUGCUACUAAAUGUUAUAGCUCCACCUUAAAAUUUCAGGCAGGUUCUCUGAAUUCUACCUUCCUUCUCAUGGGCUGUACCUAUACACAGAGCAAACUGUUAACACAUUUUCAGACUAUUGGGACUAUCGAAGUGUCAGAGGUCAUCAACAUCUUAAAGAGGUCCCAGGUUGUAGAUACUGCCCCCUCCAGUCGGGGGCCUGCCAGGGGCAACGUAGGCAACCUUAUAGGCCUCCUGUUUAUUUUUAGAAUUCUGGGGCAUAUUAUGGACCAGGAGAAGGACACGGUUCCCUUCAGCAGCAUCAGGUGGCACCGAUUCAACCUUGAUCUGGGCAGUAGUAGCCCCUUCUUCCCUAGUGUGCUGCCUCCCUUCCUCCCUGCCUGCACAUUUUACUCUACUCAGUGCCAGGCGAUCAUUGUAUCCCCUCUAGAGCCCUGUCCCUCAGGAGACCCCAGCCAGUCUCUGUUCUUCAUCCCCCACCUCCAGGAGCCCUUUACCUGUGAACAGGAGCUCCCACCAGGGAAUGGCCUCUCUGUGGUCAGGGACUGA